AUGAACCCAUCGCAAGCGGACCCCGAAACCCGGCGGCAACGCCACCAACAGCAGGAGCAGCAGCAGCUGCAAGCCCGCUGGCGAGAGGACGACUUGGCCGACCCCGAACCCCUGGACUACGUGAGGAAGGCGUGCUCGAGAUGGAGGGCCAACGUCGCCGACGAACUCAGAGCCCUGGCCGCGGAGAGGGGGGGAAGAUUUGCGAGGCCGAGAGCUGGCGGUAGUCCGGCGGCGGCGGGGGUCGGGGAUGGCGAGGGCAGCCGGGGGGGUCCCGGGGCUGGGGGCGGGAGCGGUGGCGGCGGUGGAGCAGACAGCAACAACAGAGGCCGGAGAGAUAGCGGCGCAUCGAACGCCGCCGCCGCUGCAAACGCGGGGACGGGCGGCUUCCUGUUCGACUCAGCCGACCUCCUCGACGCAGUGAGCGCCAUCCGCUCCCCGAACCGUUCCGACUUUUUGCCCGUGGAGGAGGAAUGGGGAAUGGUGCAUUUGCAACUGCGGGUCAAGUCUUUGGAAGAGCUCCGGGAAUCAUACCGAGAACUGUCGCCGGAGUUGCGCCAGACCGGUCUGGAUGACCGAGGGGGCUUCGGCGAGGAUAGGUUCACGGCGGAGAGACUGUCGCAAGGCCGAAAGAUCCUCAAGGCCGGCUUUGCGCCGGAGGCGAUGGAGUAUGCCAGGAGAGGGGUGGCCGACUCGCUCCGGCCAGCGGUGUGGAGGGCGAUACUCGGGCUCCCAAAGGCAAGCAAACAAGCGCUAACCCCGCAAGACUUGGAGUAUUUCGCAGGCCUCAUGUCGGAGGUGGACCGGACGGAGCUGGUGACCGACGAGCUGUACGGCCUGGACGUGCAGUUCAUCAGCGACGACGACAAGUACUUUCCCUUCGAGGAAACCUUGCACGACGUCAUCCUGGCGUUCUCAAGGGACCCUUGGGUCCUCCGGCACAGCGAAGCCACCCUUCACGACCUCGUCCCUAUCGGGGAAGGAGCGGUGGGGGCUGACGACUGGGCGUUUUUGAGCGGUGCGGGGGCUGGGGGCUACUGUCCCCCGUGCGGUGUGCAGCCAUUUCGGGGGCUCGUGAACUACGCGGCAGUACUGUGCUUCUUGUUCGAAGAGAGGGAGGCCGUAUAUUUCACCCUCAGGACCAUGUUCGCCAGGUUCUGGUGCAGGCUGAACGCCGUGCGCUCCGGCCCCGGCAUGCUGCUCCGCCUGCUCAAGCUCUUCGAGCGGCACCACCCGCGGCUCGUGCGGAAGCUGCUGCAGCUGGGCGUGCAGCCGCUGCAGCUGGCCAUGCCCUGGAUACAGUUCGGCUUCGUGACCUACCUGGAGGCAGACCAGGCAAGCUUAUGCACCACAGCGUGUAGCUCUUCGCCCUGUGACCUUGUGCUGCUGCUGUGGGAUAGACUGCUGGGGUACGACUCCCUCGAUCUCUUGUCGGUUCUCGCCGCCUCGGUGUUGGUGUUUAGAGCAAAGCUGGUGCUGCAGGUUUCAGACGCUGCUGCGGUGAUGGAGAUAUUCUCAGACGGGCGACAACUGGAAGUCGUGCCGCUUCUCCAGGCCUUCAUGUUUCCGGCGUGGUGAACCAGUGGAGUGAAAUCGAUGACCAAAGCACGCCACUUGGACUAGCGUGGGAGCUUGUACUUUCCCCGUUUUGCGCAGUCUCGUUUGCUGCGGUAGAUGGUUCUACGCUAGGCCGUUGGUGACGUCGGUGGCUUUUGGGAAGUACUCAUUUUCUACUGGCGCCAAGAUGUCUCGUGGGUCAAAUCAUUUGUUCGGAGGAAUGACAGCACUUGCAAACCUCUCACGAUUGCGA